GGAGGAGGAGGCGGCCAUGGCGGCAGGGCCGGGAGGAAGGAACCGCCUGGCCCUGCCCAUGAUGGGGGCGAUGAUGAUGAUGAUGAUGAUGACGCCGCUCCCCGCCGCCUCCCCCGAGCCCUGCCGACACCGCGUGCCCCCGCCCGCUGAGGUCCUGUACCAGGUCCCCGUGGGAGCCGAGCGCGUCUCCCGGCGGGCGGCCGGGGCCCAGCGGAUGAGGAUUCGGGUGGUCUACGACGGGAGCGUCCAACAGCUGCUUCUGGAAAAGAGGCGUCUCAUACAGAAGGAGCUGUUCCCCCAGGCCGUCGCCUACCUGGAGGCGACGUUUGAGGUGCGCCGGCCCACGGGCACCAUCCUACUGAGCAGGCAGUGCGCCAACGACGAGUACCUGAGGAAGAGGGGAGACCCCCACCGCUACUGCCGAGGGGCCUGCGCCCGCCUGACGCGCUGCGGCCCCGUGACGGUGCCCGAGGGGCAUCUGCAGCAAUGCCGCGCCUGCAGCGAGGGCGAGUGGCAGUGCGGGCCGUCGGGCCCCCCGGACGGCCAGGGCAUCCGCGACGCCGACUUCGUGCUCUACGUGAGCGCCCGGACCACUGCCCGCUGCGUCCGCCAGACCGUCAUCGCCUACGCCGCGUACUGCCAGCAGGAAGCCCACACCGACAGGCCGGUGGCCGGCUACGCCAACCUUUGCCCCGCCGCCAUCUCCGCCCGGCCGCAGGAGUUCGAGGGCCUGCUGUCCACCGUGAAGCACGAAGUCGUCCACGCGCUGGGCUUCUCCGCCGGCCUGUUCGCCUUCUACUACGAUGACGCUGGUCAGCCCCUGACGCCCAGAUACGCCAACGGCCUGCCGCCCUUCAACCGCAGCCUCGGCCUGUACCAGUGGAGCGAGCGGGUGGCCCGGGGGGCCGAGCGUCUGUGGCACGUCCGCGGCCAGAAGGUCCUGCGCCAUCGAGUCACCCUCCUGGUCACCCCCCGCGUCGUAGCGGAGGCCCGGGCCCACUUUGCCUGCCCGAGCCUGGAGGGGCUGGAGCUGGAAAACCAGGGCGGCCCCGGGACCGAGCUCAACCACUGGGAGAAGCGCCUGCUGGAGAACGAGGCAAUGACCGGCUCUCACACCCGGAACCGGGUGAUGUCUCGUCUUACGUUGGCGCUGAUGGAGGACACGGGCUGGUACCGGGCCAACUACAGCAUGGCCCAGCGGCUGGACUGGGGCCGCGGGCAAGGUUGCCACUUCGCCACCAAGAGCUGCAAGUUCUGGAUGGACCACCAAAGGCAGAGGGGACUGGCGCCCGGCCCCUUCUGCGACGUCCUGCGCGGCGACCCCCUGCAGCUGACCUGCCGGCAGGACCGGACCGCGGUGGCCGUCUGCAACCUGCAGCGCUUCGGCCGCCCGCUGCCGCCCGAGUACCAGUACUUCGACCAGCUGAGCGGCGUCCCGGCGGCGGACCUCGCCCACCACGGGGGCUCGGUGGCCAUCGCCGACUACUGCCCGUUCGGCCAGGAGUUCAGCUGGCGCGCCAGCGGAGACGUCCAGCGCAGCUCCGACUGCCGCCUGCCCGAGAACCAGCCAGAGCCGGCCAAGAACUUGGGCGUGGAGAAGUACGGGCCGCACUCGGCCUGCCUGCUCCAGGAGAGUCCCUUCGUCAUGGAGCGCUGCGAGCAGAGCCUCAGUUAUCCCGACUGGGGCAGCGGCUGCUACCAGGUGACCUGCUCCCCCAGCGGCUUGGACGUCUGGGUCCAGGACUCAGUUUACCCCUGCAGCCGGGCCGGGCAGGUCCUGCCGGUCAGCGCCCAGGCCGACGGAUGGGUCCACGGUGGCAGCCUGCUGUGCCCGUCCUGCCAGGACUUCUGCGACCGCUGCCCACCGGAGCGGGACCCCUCGCCCCUCAUCAAUUUCACCCGGACCUCCCCGUUGGAUCUGUGCUCCUGCUCCUCCAGCCCGGUGGCCACGCUGCGGCUUCUGGUGGCCAACCUCCUCCCCCCGCUAGCCGGCUUCCUGCUGUGCGCGUGGCGCUGAGCGGAAGGGAGGGUCCCGAUGGCCCGGGAGGACCAAGGUCGACCGCCCCGACGGGCAUCGUCGUCGUCGGCGAGCGGGCCUCGUGCCGAUCGACCGCCGG